AUGACCACAGACAAUUUGCAGCUGUCUAGAUGCAACCCUCAAUUCAUUCAUGAACAGAAAGAUAACGGACAAGUUAAUUGCUUUAUAAAGUCAACUUCUCCUUUCUUCUUCUUCUCACACUCUCCCAUUCUCAAAGCUCUCUCUUCUGGACUUUCACUUCAACCCAGAAUUUCUAGACUCUCUUCUCACCACUCCACCAAAAUGAUUAUGACCAGAUCAAGAACCAAGGCCAGGCAGAUUGAUUUCAUAAGCCAACUCCCAGAUGAAAUCUUGUGCCUCAUCCUUUCUCUUCUUCCAAUCGACGAACUUGCAAGGACGAAUGUUCUUUCAAAGAGAUGGAGGGGAUUGUGGCGAUCCAUCAAUACCCAUCUUGAGUUUGAAGCGAGACGCAUGAUUAUGCCCUUAGCUCAAAGAGAAGACCCUUACGAAGCACUUCGUCCCUAUUCAGAACUUGGUAAACUCUUGAAUCGUCGCAUGGAUCUCCAUGGUCUAACGAUUGCUUCCUUUUUGUUUUUUCACUCUGGUGACUUGCAAAGUUGUCGGUUCAUCCAUUUUCCAUAUAGUAUCCUCCAUGAGCACGUCGUCACCUGGCUUGGAUUUAUAAGGCCAAAGAAUGUGCAAAAUGUAAGCAUAGAGUGUGAGCUUUAUAACAUAGGAACAAACCAAAACUGUCUUCGACAUUUACCACCUUCUGAGAGAUUUUCAAAACCUAAUUUUCCAACGGGGAUUUUCUCGGGAUUCUGUUCACUUCAGCUCAUUCACUACGAUCUGCGUACUUCAAAACCGUUUGAGGGAUGCGAGAAUGUGAUGAAAACCUUGAUUCUGAAGAAUGUGGACAUCGAUGAUGAAACCCUCGAUGGAAUUUUGAAGAACUGUAAAGGGUUGGAGAAUAUAUGUCUCUUUGAGUGUUCUGGGUUUAGCAACUUUGAAAUUCAAAAUCCCAAUCUGAAGGUUUUGCAACUGAUUGCUUUGGUCCUUGAAAAAAUACUUGUUUUUGCUGAGAGGCUUGAAGUUUUUCUCCUUGAUACUAUCACUUCUCCGGGAAGUAUGAAACUUUAUACCCCAAGCCUUAGGGUUAUCCAUUGUUACAACCACUCAACAUUGGGAUCAGUACUUGCUUUAGAUCAAGAGAGAACCGUCCUCAAGGCUUUCAGUCUUCUUUUCAACUUCCGUUAUUAUUGGGUUAUUCCUAGUGAUAAUUUUAUGGACGGAUCUAGUUACUGGAAUUUCGAAAAUGCUUGUGACUGUGUCCAAAACCAGCUGAAGUUUGUAUAUUUGAGAGGAUUCAAAGGCAAAAAUGAAGAAUUUGCAUUCUUAAGGUUCAUCAUAGCAGAAGGCAGGAAGUUGGAGAGGAUUACUAUAAUAUGCAGCGAAGCAACUAUCGAUGAACAAAGGCUUAUGGCUAUUAGAAGUGCUUCUCCAAAUCUCUCAAUAAUCUUGAAGUUCAAAAUACGUAGUGCUGUACAAGAGAUCGAUGAACUUCAAGGCAGAGCGCUGAUAAGUUAUAAAUAG